AUGUAUGGAGGGUUUUUCACCGGCGUCUACCUCGGCCACUUCCCGUUGCAAAUGAAUUUUAUCAGCGCGGUCGGCGCCCUCCCGCCCGAGCGCUACAUUUUCGCCAUGUUCAUCAACGCGGCCGUGUUCUUUAUGGCAGUUACCGUAUACCUCCGACAUCGGCAGAUCGUAGAAUAUUACGGCCAUCGCCUGAGGAUGGAAAACGGGGCCUGGCGUCUCGCCAGUACGGUGUUGACCGGCUUUGCCUUUAUUUCCGCUUUCGGCAUGUCGUUGCUGGCCAAUUUUCCGGACUUGGACACACCAAAAGUCCGUCGCACCGGCGCAGCACUUGCGUUUUUGUUUGGAAUCCUGUAUAUUUGGGGCCAGGUGAUCUUUGGCUAUAUCAUGACGCCGGCGAUGACAACAAAAGCAAUGGCUCAUUUUCGACUAUUCUUGGUGAUCAUGGCUACCGAAUCGUUGAUGCUUUACGAGGUCGCUGUGAAUUCGCGUCUAUUUAUCCCAGCAGACGCUGGCCCACGGCCAGCGCGAAGACAUGGAAUUCGCUGGUACACGCCGGACUCGCCGUACUACCUCAAUCAUAUGGUCGCGUCGAUUUCCGAGUGGCUGGGCGUGGUUUUUGUGGAAAUCUUCAUCCUAACUUUCGCGAAUGAAUUGCAAUACGCCUAUCUGAAGAUUCCGAGGCUGCAGUUUAUCAAUGAGGGCCAAGCAAACGGCGAGGACAAUGAGUAUGAAGAAUCCCUAGCACCAUCCCAUUCGAGUUAUAUGGUGUAU